CGUAUGCUACUUGCUCGAUUAGCACUAGACGUUUCCACUGUGACGCCAUCGCUGCGUACGAACACACUGUAGAUUUUAUAAUUGUUGUGGAAGAUUUUGUGGUGUACUGUUUAGGUGUCGGAACCUUUAGAGAUUCUACUGUACUUUUUUUGGUGAACGUCGACGCGUCUGAUUUGCUAGUUGCAGAGACGCAAAUCUUCGCGAGCAGCACUCGUCGGCACGGUCAUAAAAAUAAAUCAAACCUACCGAGAAAACGGGGUUGGGCAAUCUUCUUCAGUACUGUAUCAUCAAAAACUGGCAAAUUGUCAGCGACAUAGUUUCACUUCGAAUCGAAACACCGGGAGGAAGAGCAAGUACAGCACAGAACACCCUGAGAACUUUAUGAAAUACUAACGCAAAACGUUUGAAACGAUUUUUGAGCCCAUGUCUGAAUCUAUUCUGGAGGUUAAAAUCGGCUAAAACAGUUUCUAUACUGAUGUAAACAUCCAUUUUGUAGGUUAGAAAUAGUUUACCUGAAAAAUAUAUACUUGUAUUUAAUUAACAACUUAAAUAAACUACAAUCACCCAUGGAUAAUUCAUGAAAUACGAUUUUGGAUAUUUUAUUAAAGAAAUUUCAAGAGACAACGAUCAUUUCGAGGUCCUUUUCGAUUUCUGGAUCGACUAGCGCGAAGUGGGUCUCGUCGACAGCCGCCUAGCGGCGAAAACUUGAACUAUCCUCGCGAUUAAACUUGAUAAAGCACAAGAACUUCACGUAGAACGAUAAAUAAUCAAGGAAGCAAUAAAUAAAAAGCAUAAUCUGUAUAUUGGAGACAUAAAUCUGCACCCAGGAGAAACGAAUGAAUGGUGAAGGUUAGGUUGGACAGAAGUCGAGUUCGUUAGCCGGCGAAUCGGUGUAAAAGCUCUCGUUUUCCGAAUUAAUCCGUACCCCGCGUAAAAUAGACCUGGCGUAGCCGAGUGGGCGUCGUGUUGGAUCAACGACGAACUUGCAUAAUAUUACGAAAAUUGGGCACCGUGUGAAGGACGGGGAACGUCGCGACGCGUGUACACCGUCGGCCAUCUACGCGCGCCUUGUCGGUCAAUGAGCUAAUUGCCGGUAUAUCAAUUUUCAUUGGGCGCAAUUGCGCGAGCAUACGAACGCAUUGUGGUUGCACUUGCCCCGUGGGUCACUUCAAACAGGAUAUGGCAUAGUUUCCCUUUGUGCAGAUUCAUUGUCUUGUUUUCGCGUGUACCAUUGGUCCCCGAGUUAACCGCGUGGCCAAUGCAUCGUCGCGUCUCGUCGAUUCUCGAUAUUUAAUACAGUGUCAUCCGAUUACAACACUGAAACUAAAUCUAUGUGUACGAAAUUAAAGUAGCGUUUCGUGCUGUCUCUCUUCUAUUUAAUUGCUAACUCUUUCUCUAAUUGUAUAACAACACUGUCGUAACAUUUGUCCAUGGAGGUAGUUCAAUCUGGAGUUUAAACGAUUAAACUGUAGGACUGUGUGAACUUUUGGUAAGCCAGACAGUAUCUACUGUCCUCCCAAAGUCGCUGGGGUGCUAUCCCCACCGUACCGCUUGGCCACGCCUCGUUCCGAGCUCCACCUCUUUGCGCAUGCGCAGAAAUCUCGAGUCUUUCUUCCUUUACAUCGUUCACAUUUCUAUUUGAUUUUUUGAACCUGUUACACGAGAAUCCCUCCUUAAACGGGGACAGGAAAUCUAAUCAUUCGAUGUACAACAAAUUUGGAGGAUUCUCUGUAUAAAAAUUAGCUCCCGUACGCCUAGAAAGAAAGGAAUCGUCACUGGUUGCGCGUGUCCCUAUUUUAUCUGCUCGCGCGAUUAAUGUUUCCGUCCUUCUGGCUUCAAUUAAGGGGUCAAUGCUGUUCGAAAUAAAGAAAUGUGUACAAAUAAAUGGAAUCUCAUUGUCAGAGUCAAUUGCUCUUGGCAGCCGCGUUUGCCAGUGUCCGCCGAUGUCGAAGACUAUGGCCCACUUUUCGCGUUCACGAGCGACUAUCCUAAAAUUUUCCUAAAACUCCUGGAUUAAAUCCACGACGAAAGAAUCGAGUCGAUUCGUUGACGUCUCGUUAAUGUCUGAUCUAAUUUGCAGUAACUUCUUUAGACCGUGAAGUGUGUGUUCUAUUUUCCACGAAGAAAAGUAACGAUCCGACUUUGAUGGUUUCCAAUGAACUAGAUUUUUCGCAGCAAGUGGCAUGGAAUCAACUAUUUCGGUCAGACGUCGUCGCAUUCUCCUCGUUCUUUCAGAGCGAUCGGUCCGCGUCCGAAGGCGCUAAAAAAAGAGUAACUUCAGACGUUUGCCUGAUAAACGAACGAACGGAACGAAUGGUUCGCGAGUUUCCUUGCGUAACUGCGAAUCGUGGAAAAAGUGAAUUUUAAAUAUUCCAAGGUCGAUCUCGAAUUAGACGCUCCCGCGAAUUCGAUUCUGACAUCAUUAAAAUAACCUAUCGAACGCCUCACGGCGGUUAGUUAUGACUUUCUGCGGCUACCCACCUCUCAAUUCAAUUUGGCGUCAAAUUCUGCGUGAAAAGUGCCGUUAGAAAUGUCGAAAAUUAAAAAAAAAUAAAAAUCUUUCGAUUGAAAAUAUUUUUAUGCGUAAUGUAUAGUAGUCUUAGGCGAGUAUGGUAACCUGAGCCCUCAGUGACCUUGAGUGGCCAAUAUAUUUGGCGCUCACCUCCUCGUGCAGCCAAAACAUAUGGCGUACACCAUAGUAAGACUUUGAACGCUUCCAAACGAGAAUUCCCCGCUAUAAAUAGUUUCUAAAAUCGUUCUAUAAGAACUAAUUUUGGCUCCCACAAUUUCCAAAAUCUUCUAAUCGCAGAAAAUUCGUUUAAAACACACUUUACUCGUAACUAAAAUGUGUUUCUACCAAUCACCGUGUCGCUGCGAUCAAUUUUGGUGGAUUAUGCAUACGCACGACUGAAUAAGUAUGCGUAGACUCGAUAAGAGAGGUCGUGGUCACCGUGGAAGUUCAACUUCGACCAGCAAAGUGCGAGUAUCGCGAUGUGAUUCUUUUUUUCGAGUGCGAUCGAUGCGCUUGCAGCGGUUUUAGAAACGCGUACGCGUUGAUAGUCUCGUCUGUCGUGGGCCCGACCACUGCUGGGGCUGGCAAACCAGUAAUAUCCAGGAUCUUUGCGCCAGGAUGACGAGCCAAAAGCUAAGGUUGCUUUUGGAAAUUUUUGUUUAAACUGGUACGUAAUAUCGUCGAAUAUUUAUCUAGUUCCUUAAAGUAGAAGAACCUAACGUGUAUCGUCUACGAUAAAACAAAGAAAAAAAAAUUUAUAAUCUGCAUUAAGAUCGUAACUUUAUUUAUUUUAAAUAAAAUGCAGCAAAUGUGUAACUUAAUAUGUGUUGUUAUAAUCACACGUACCUGUUUUAGAAAAAAAUUUCGAAUUGCUACCUUAUUUUUCAACUCGUCAGCCUGAGAGGUGAUCUCUUGAGGAGGCAUUAAGGGUUCUUUAUCAUUUUUCCCCCCAUGAAGUGGAUUUUCGAUCAGGAUUAUAAUUCGUGAAGUUUAGGUUACUGAAAAUCCAGUGAGAAAAAGUGGAUAUGCACGACGUAAAAUUGCCCAGAAUGCCCUCCUCGGGCGCCUCCUCCGUUCGCGAGGGCGGAAGCGUCAGCGAGAGGAAGAUCUCAGAUUUCCCCGGUCGAGGCCGCGAGUGCUGCUGCGUGAACGUCAUUGUUCUCAACUAACAGCAUCUUUUUCUAAGCGAUGCGUCCGCCGGUCAUUGUCGCGCUGCUCUAGAUCCCUCGAGUUCGAGGCGGUUUUGCGUGAAACCACCUGACCACCGCGAAUCGCAUUGUUUCUAUUGAAAGUGUUCUCCUUCGAGCAGCAAGCUGAAGAAACAGACGUGUGCCGAAGCUUUUGCCGGCGCGCGGUGUCUCGUACAGUGAUUCUCGCGACUGGUGUCGAAAGUGAUUCGUGGGAUUGCUGGUGAAAUGAGAGGGUCGUGUCUGUGACGCGAAAAUGGUGAGCACGAGCCCACUCGUGGGGGUGGUGGGCACUCUGAAUCGAGGGAGGAACACUUUUCGCGGGGUGCCCAAGGCGGAGGUCGAGCGCAGAAUAAACACUAUGCUGCAGGCUAUGACGAUCGAGGAACUCUACGCCGCUCUAGUUUACAUGACCCAACACCAAAUUGGUUACGACGUUUCCAACGAGUGUGGUCAAGAAGCCCUAUUGAAUCACCUUCAAAAUGCGUUCAAGGUCGACAACGAGACGCACGAGAGGGUCCUGGAGGAGACGAGGAACUUGGAGCCGCCAGAGAUGCACUUAAACGUGGAAGUGAUCGAGGCGAAGGAACUAGUGUCGAAGGACUCCAACGGCAAGAGCGAUCCUUUCUGCGCGCUCUACCUCGAGUCAGCCCCUACAAGGAGGUACAACACUGCCGUGAAAACGUCCACCCUUUGCCCAGUGUGGGAGGAACACUUUGAACUACCCCUGGAAGACCCAGAAAACGACAUACUGUUCCUAGAAGUCUGGGACUUCGACGCUGCCGAGACGGUGCCAGAAAAGAUGAGCAAAGUCAAGGAUGUGAAAGGUGUUCGAGGGUUGGUGAAGCUAGCUAAGGAGAUCGCGGUCACCGCCACCACUGGCAGCCACGACAACGAGUUUAUCGGUCGCUGUCGAAUACCUUUAAAGGACAUACCCACCACUGGGCACACGAUGUGGUACUCCUUGGAGAAGAAGAACAAGUCGAAGCGCCGGGGGGUCGUGAAGUUAAGGCUGGCUUUCAGCGCGGAGCACAACACACAGGUCGCGGCUCAGGAGCACAGGCACUUGAUCAGGGUGUUGCUGUUGCAUGAAAUAGACACUGAGAAGAUAGAGAAAUACUGCUGGUGCGAUCGAUGGUCGGCGGCAGCCGAUGUUCUGCUUUUGCAGCACAGCGCGCAACGUGGCUUGCUGGCCAGGAACGUAACGCUGGCGAAGUGGGUAGAGUACGCGAGGAUCCAUCAGGAGCAUCCGUUGAACUUCAUCGUGUUCAACAAGCUGAUGAUGGACCUCUUGAGACCCAUGGAGAGCAACCUGUUCUCGUUAGACGAGACCAGACUCUUCUGGGACGCUGCAAAGAAGAUUUUGUACUCGUGUCUGAACAGUCUGCGUAAGAUCAGGAGGCUGACGCCUGGUGACAAAAACACUAUGAUGCAGUUGUCCGCGAUUUUGGGCAUACUGUCAUCCAUAUCGUGCCUUAAAGUGCCCGAAGACGCGAAUCUGUUCCCCGCGAAAAUGUACCCUUGGUUCCCGGAUCCGGACGAGAGGCUGAGCAUCCUUCAAGCUUUGGAGUACACGGUUGAACAGGGUGCCUCCGAAUGGUUCGACCACAUAUCGAACCACAACUUCCAAGAAAGCGAUUCCGACGAGGACGCGCUGAAGUACCACAUAAAAAUGAUCCAACUCGUGAGAGCAGACCUACAGAGUGCCAUUGAUUACUACGACAAACUGUUCAUCAGACGAAUCAACUUCCCGUACGCCAGGACACUUUACAUGAGGUACGAAAAGAUAAUCAGCGACAUGUGCAUGAUCAUCACCGAAGACGUCUGCGGCCGAUUAAAGAGGAUCGAAAUUAACAACACCGACGUUGAACUUAACUUGGGAACAACGUUGUUCGAGCUCUAUCUCUCGUUGCAGAGAUACGCUGUCCUCGGUCGAGUACUGUGCGCGGAAUGGCAACUGGAAAACAUGAAAGUGCAGAGUUACUAUGACUGGUUCAGAGCUGGUGUAGCACACUGGCUCGACAUCGCUGUGUACAAAGCGCUAAAGCGGAUCGACAGAGCGGUAGAGUUCGACACGCUGCAGGCAGUCGACAAUAGCGUUCAAUACAGCUCGAGCGCAGUGGACACAUUAACAAUAUUUUACCAAAUCAAAGUGUUCUGGUCGCAGCUGUCCUGGCCUGACGUGGAGGGCUCUUACACUUUCAUAGGCAAAAUCAUAGACGACAUCUGCAAAUGCUCGAUGGCUUACGCGGACAAGAUGGCGAAGAAGGCGGAGCUGACCACCGAACUGGAGCAGCUAUCCGAAAGUAGCGUGUACGAGAGGAAGUUCUUCGUGUCCACGGCAUGGUGUUUCGCGAUUAACAAUAUCGACUACAUCAGGACAUCGAUCGCGCCCUUGGCCAACGAUUUAGGGCUCCAAGAAAUCGUCGACUCGUUGGCAGAAAAGAAGACGCAGGAAGAAGCGCAUCGCUGCCAACAGACGCUUCUAUUAAUCAUCGACAAUGCCACCGAUACGGUUAAGAACAAGAUCAUCGAGUUGUUGCAGAUCGUAGCGAACAAAAUGGCGCCCGCUAUGAGCAGGUACCUCAUGGAGGGUGCAGAGUUGAUAGACACAACCAGCAACGCCAUGGACCGUCUCUUGCAAUACUUGGACAGUAAUUUAACGACCCUGCACGACAAUCUCAACGAAGACAACUUCGAAAGAGUCCUCCUUGUGAUUUGGGAGAUCAUGUCGGAAACGCUAUACCAAUUAGUGAAUAGCAACUUGGAGAAAAGAAGGCCGCCAUCGUUUUACUCGAAUCUUCAUCGCACUCUACACACUCUUGUCCGAUUCUUCAACAUGGGAGCGGACGAAUCCACGAACGUGAAGGUUUUGGAGAAAAUCGAGUACCUUUUGGAGCUGCACGGAUUGGAAACCGCCAAGCUGAUACACCGCUACCACCAAGAGCGUAUCAAAGAGCAAAACGAUAUAGAGGAGUCCGAGUAUGGACAAAUCACCGUCAGAGCUCAAUUUGUGGAUAACAUGUUGAACAUUCAGAUCCUUAACGCGAGGAAGCUGCGGCCGGUUGACAGCAAUGGCGAUUUUAUAGGCAAGGUGUCUACUCUCAAGCGCAAUCUCCAUACAAAAUCUAAACAAAGACUGAAAGAAAAGAAGACAAGCAUGUGUGACUCCUACGUGAAGGUGAGGCUGCUACCGGAGGAAAAAUUCACCGACGUGAAACUACCAAAGACUCAUGUACAGAAAGAAAACUUGUAUCCUCUCUUUGAUGAAGUCUUCAACAUUCCUCUAAAUAUGGAACAAAGGACAACAGAAGAUGCGAUAAUAGCCUUUGAAUUGAAGGACAAGGACUUUUUCAAAUCCAGAUUCUUAUCCGAGGCUUUUCUGCCAUUCAGUGAAAUCCCUGAAACAGGACCGGAUCAAGGAAUCGAAACUCUGACCCAAAUUCAUCUGAAACUUUCACGUCCAACGAAAAGAAGUACUGAUAUAAUACAAGCAUUAGAACAGAGGAAAGGAGACAACCAGGCAAUGGAAUUUUUAUCAAGACUCAGUUCAAAGGCUGAACGAAAAUAAUUAUUUUCACUUGCAAAAUACGAAACAAGCAUUGCGCAAUCUGUACUGCAUCGGGUGCUACUAUAAAUAAGAAUGAACUAAGUUAAUUAUACAGAAACGAAGGAUUGCAGUAGGAUGUAUUGUUUCCUUGCAUAUAAUUCGUAUCUGUUAAUUGGAUAAACUUUCUCAUCGUCAGACAAAGAAUCAUUUAUUUAUGAACGUUUUCGUGGAAUUGUGCAUUUUUCUCGAUCGUCAUCAAUACUCUGCUUCGGAAGAUUCUCAUGAUUUGCAGUCGCAAAUUACAAGUUAAAUUAAUUUUUCACGUAAAAACACAUUGAUUCUCUUUCAUGUAUACACAUUCAUCUCGCCUGUAUAAAAGUAAGGAAACGAAAAAAAAAAUAACACUGUUAAAUAAGAGACGUAUUUUUAUACACAUUUUAUGAACACGCUAUUUUAAGUGAUUAUAAAUCAUUUCUAGGCUGUGCGUCGCUUCGAAUAUCGCGUAUCUUCGCGACCAGAAUGCAGAAUGUCGCAUUUCAAUACUAAAGAAAAACUGUAAGGCUGAAUGAGUCCUACUUAUGAAAAAUAUACAUAUUUAUCAUAAGUCUAUGGUACACGUAAUUGCAAUAAAAUAAAUAUUUCCUACGUCCGCUGUUAAAUCUUGUAAAAGAAAAAUACGAAAAUGUAAUUUAACAUUGUACGUACGCAGGGCUGCGAUUCUCAGUCGAACGCGUCUUCGUGACA